CAGGAUAAUAGAGUGAGGGUCACAGGGAGGCGCACUCGGGUAGACGUCGGAAUCUAAAAUGUACUCCGUGAAUGUGGCCCAUGCGUGCAUGCAGCAACGCACUCGCAGAACGAUGUGGCAUGUCGUCAUGAUUUACUAUUCUCGAGCACGGCAAUCACAGGCUGAGGACCGGUAAACAUGGUGAGCGACGGGUAGUAAUUCGUCAUAGCAGGAAGGAUAGGCAGACCCGCUAUGGCUGGGAACACGGUCCAGACAAUCGUCUUUGAGGAUGUUCGGUGAAUCGGCGCUCAUCGGACGACUGCGAAGCUUUGCAGAAUGUUGGAAAGGGUCGCUAAGCCCGGCUUUUGAGGUCCUGCAGAAGAUCGAUGAUUGGAAUCUCCAGCAGACCGUGGAAACCGCAGCCUGGUUUGGUGGAUCACUAUGGCCACGGCGAGGAUAAAGGGCAAGUCUGGACAGAGAAAACCCCCUCCAGUGAGAGAUGGAAAUGGGGUGGGCAAUGUACCAAUGAAGGGUGAUAUAUCGCCGCCAGACCCUUCCAAGAUGAGACAGGAUCGCGUCCGCGCACAGCCCAUCGUAAACAAAGGAUCAUCGAUUUUGCAAACCCCACGGAUAUCGGAGCGUCGAGAACUUGCCAGGGGCGGCGCGCACCACCGUGGAAUUUUCGCGUCCCCGUGCAAACUCGGAACAUUCCGCAGGCCAUCGUCUUUGUCGUGCAAGGUUGCACCUAGACCGUCCGCCGCCGAGCAACGCACAGGACAUACAACGGUUCUGCAUCUCCGUUUUGAUCUGCCUUCACUACAGGAGGGGCUGCCACAUAUGUGCAGUGCGCCCAGACUGACUGCCGCAGGGUCUGGACGCGCAAGAGGACCCCGACAACUGCCCCGUGGGGAUCACGGCGAUUUGCGGAUGCGCCCGCGCCCGCCGCGGGGCACCGGCGACGGUGCCAAGCGCCUACAAGGACUGCCCGUGAUGCCCGCCGCGCGGACCAAUAAUCAGGGCAUAGUUCUCGUCAGGGAGCUCAGCACAGAGUGA